AAAACUCUGCCAAGUAAGACGGGGUUUGCCUAGACAGUAUUCUAACAGUUACACAAAGCAUGACAAAUGUAUUUUAUCCCUCCCUUUGAAGUUACCUUUAAAACAGUGGUUUUUAAUGGAUUUAUAAAGCGUUCUAUUAUUGUAACAUUGAUUUCUUGAAAAAGUGAGAAUUAGAUGCAUACCUGCAGUAAACUGUGUCAAUAGAAAAAGUAAAAUCAAUGUAAACUUUAAACUGAAAAUUUAAAACAAAGAAAAGAAUAUAAAUGGAUACAGCCAUUAAAAUGAAACCUGGAUGACUCUUGACAACGUACAUAUAACAAAGGCAAAUGCUAGAUUGAGCUCUAAAAGAGGAUGCUGAAACGGCACACACUAAAGUUCGAUCUACUUACCACAUUUAUUCAAAACAGCUGUUCAAUAUUUAAGUCUGAGAAACAGAGAACACAUUUAUAGAGAGAACAGUGUGGAAUAAACUGUCAAUAGCAUUUUAUAGUGAAAAUCAUGAAUGAUGCACAAAAGAAGGUGUUGCGCAACCACCAUGGUGAUAUACUGAAGAACCUGGUACUGGAUCAAGAUAUCCUUGGUUUUCUUCUACACAAAGACAUUCUUUCAGAAUCACUGGUUCAGGCCAUUCAGGCCAAACCAAGCCAGCAUGAGAAAAUCACAGAGUUACUGCUUCUACUGCCUAAACGUGGGGUGAAAGCUUUCCCCAUCUUCCUGGAAGCUGUAAAGAAGUAUUCACCAUACUUGGGGGACAAAAUUGAGAUGAACUAUGAAAAAGAGCAAAAACUGAUGGCUGCAGAACAUAAAGAAGAAAGCCAGAAUUCUCCCAAGCAUGAUGUUGAGAAUGAACAUUCCACUUCAGCUAAACCCCCUAAACAACAUGAGAAAGCGUUUGAAAAGACGUUUAAAAACAAGGAAAUUACAGAGCGACGACAUUCCUUAUCUGUGUCAACCACCAACCACACCUUGUCAUCGAACAUCAUGCAGCAACACUUGAACAACAUGUACACCAAAUUAAAAUCACAUCUUCAUAAACAUUCUCAUACUGAUCGUGAUCUUAUUACACCUGAGCCGAUCACGUUUAAAAUGGUUGACAAGCUCCUUGACGAUGUCUGUACUCACCUAGAUGAGCAUGAGAUGACAUUCUCUCAAUGUCAUGCGUUGCUAGGCGGGAGAGACAGGAAUUAUCCUCUUGUCUCACAUAUUAUAAACAUACAGAAAGCAAAACGACAACUGGAACAAGACGUGAAGGAGAAAGAAAUACAAAAGAACAAAUAUGCUGAUCAUAUCAGUAAGCUGGAGAAUAGAUGCAGAAACCAGACAACAGAAAUUAAUCAUCUAAAUGAAGAGAUCAAAAAGUUAAAGGAAGAUAUUGAAAAACUUCAAGCUAUCAAUAGUGAACGAGAAGAGAAACAAAAGAUCAUUGAUGAGCUUAGAAAAAUGGUCAUGGACGCAGAUACAACUAAGAAAAGUAAACUUAGAAGUUCAUAUUUGGCUUUACAUUAUGACACUAACAGUACAGAAAUUAAACAGCUUAGAGCUGAAGCAAGGAGUCUGAAACUUGACAAUGAAAAUUUAAAGACUGAAAAUCUAAUGCUGAAGAAGUCAGAUAAUCUAAAGAAACUGGCCAAAAUGCGGGAAGAUCAGAUGACUCCUAAACUUGAAACAGUAAAUGGACCACAAUCCAUGUUUGAGGAAGCAAAGGGUGGUAACCCAAAGAUGAAACAAAGACAAGCUUAUGGAGGAGUUACCUCCCAAAGUUUACAAGCUAGAAGUGCAUUUGGUAGAAGGCUUGAUGUGGAUAGAGGUAUGUUUGCUUCUCAGCCACAUGGAGACAGAGCUUUAACAAGGGGUUCAGUUGACAAUUUGCAUAAUACAGAGACAGAGGAUAGAGCCAAAGUUUCUAGAUCAAGGGAGCGAGAAAGAGAUUAUCAAGACCUCGAUUUCAAAUUUUCAAAUAGUCAAAACGGAGCUGUGGGCCAAAAAAGAAGCCCAAGUAAAGACCGAUCAAAUAAAAGAGUCACAUUCCUGUCUGAUACAGCAAACCAAUAUGAAAAUAAUGACAAUGUGGUAAGAAUUCCAACUGGAAAUGAACAUCCUGAAGAUACACCACCUGGUAAAACUGAAGCAUCUGAAAAUGGACCUUCUGAGAUAGCAAACGGGACCAGCAAAGGAGGUGCCAAACAAGAGAAGAGUAGGGGUAGAUCAAAAGGUCUUCUUAAGUCUAAAGCCCAAUCCAAGAGGUCAGCUUCUCUAAACAGUAUGACAGCUUCUAGAGAUAUAAUGAAAAUGUCGUCACAUUUAAUACAGAAAAGCAGAAACCUUAGACAACCAUCCGGAAACUGAAAUAGCAGAUAUAUCAAUAACUAAUAGUGUUGGAAUUCUGAUUUACUCCAGUUGUACCAUUUUCAAGGGUUCAUGAAGCUUGGUACUUUGUCACAUAUUAUGACUGAUGAUGUCUGAAGAUUAUGUUAGCAAUAGAAUUUAAUGUAUGAUAUAAUAGGCUAAUUGUGAUAAUCAUAAAAAAAAUUUAAAAUCCAAAAAUUGGCAAAGAAUGGUUAGUAAAAAUUUUUCAACUGUUGGAAAGAUGCAAGAGUUCUCCUUGAAUAUCCAUCACCAUCCUGAAAACAGGGCUUGACAAAUUCCUUGAAAACAACUCAUCCAACUCAUCCUGCAGUGCAAGCAGCCUAAAAUUUUCACUGGUCCUGCUACAAUUCUAACUUGUCCUGCAGUUCACUUGUAGCGUAAUGGCCUCUAAAAUCCACAUGGCACCAGUGUUACCAGACUUGUAAAACCUGUGGUAGAACUUUCACACACAUAUAUAAGAUCGAAGACACAAUAGUUCAUUUUUGAUGUUUAUUUAAUUUCAGGUAGUUAAAGAAAGUCUUUUAAUACAAGUAGUUUUAUUGUCUCAGUGUCCAUCUUUCAAAUAAUAUUUAGCUACUGUAAAAUGUUAAGAACUAAUUAUGUUUGAGUUGUCUUUCAUGAAAUCUACAUAACAUAUUUGGAAAUUAACCUAACGAGGCAUCAUAGUAUUUUUGACUUACGUUGGCAGAACCACGGUUGGUGGCUCUGCCGCCUCGCCCCGCUUCCCCGAAUGUCUAGUACAUAGACCUUUUAUAUCCACCGGCCAGACUGUUGAUUACCAAAUUAAGAUGUAGUUUUCCUGGUGUUAUGUCUUAACCUGCCCAGAGCUACGCUAACAUGUCAGUUUAAUAUUUCAACAAUUUUAAAAGGUCAAUAGUAUGAAUAUAAUUAUACUCUCCAAGACAAUGAAUAAUUUAGUCUUUUAAAACAAUAGCCUAGCCCCCUUUUUGAAAUUACAUUACACACUGAGCAAAAACUAUUAUUACAGACAGCAUCAUUUUUGAAGUCUGUUUAAAACUGUACAUACUGUAACUUUGUUCUAAAUUACUGAGUGUCUAGCUAAUGUGAUCAUCCCGUAACAUAGCUAGACAGAAUUUUAUUUGCGAAAAACGAAUCAAUUUCUGUUUUAGAUCUUCAGCUAUCCUGUCUCUCCACUGCUCCCUUUUAAUCUGAUUGGUCAUAUUUUUGGUUAAAAUUGCACUUCAAAAUUCUCCUGCAGCAGGAGUACUACAGCAACUUUUACUUGCCAACCUUGUAUUUACGAGUGGACAAGUGGAUUUGUCGAGCCCUGUGAAAAGCAUGUUUCAUGGAGUUUUCAGCCAAAAAUAACUGGGAAUAGCGCACAUUAAACUACUGUAUAAUUUUCCACCCACUUGCAAAAUAUGUCCUUUCUUCAACACUUCACUAAUUACAAGUUUAUAAGAAUUAAACUUAUUAACUAAAUAAACAACUUUAACUUAUUUUGACAAAAGAAAACAGUAGCAGGGAAAAUUAUAAGAUAGUUUGGUUCUUAAGACAGUGAGUAUUCCUUUUUAAAUUUGAAGAGAUUUACAGCCCAGAUUUUAUGAUCCUGUAAACUUGUUUUGGCUUGGUUGGAUUUUCAUUUCUUCUGUAACAUUUUCACAAGUAUAUCUAUAUGCAAGGAUGAAAGGUACGAAAUUUCAAUUCUGAGAAGAAACAUAGAGAUAGAUUUUGCAACAUGCAUUUAAUGUUUGUCUUCCAUUGUCUAAAGAACAAAAUUCAUAUACCAUCACAAAUGGUGAUUAGAAAAGUGAGCCGUGCCAUGAGAAAACCAACAUAGUGGGUUUG